AUGUCCCACAUCAUAUCAUCUUAUGCCAGCCACAUUGCCUUCCUCAGGAAUGGCAUGAACCUGAUGCCUGUGAUACCCGAAGACUGGGCCUUGCAUGCCACGAACUGCGCCAGUGAAUGGGUCGAGCAACAAUUCCUUGCCCACAUAGCUGGCGGAUCCUUGGUGGACCCUCCACCCGGGAUGGAUGUCCCCACAUUGCUAUCGUGCGGUCAGCUUGCCUGGCUCAUGGCCGAGGCGUAUCGACACCUGAUCAAAUUGGACAUUGAUGUCAUCCGGUACAACGAGGCGCUUGCAAAACGAGAAUCUGGUAUGAAAGAUGCCCGAGAAGAGGAGUUGUUGGCAAGAUUCCCUCCGCCCGAGAAGAUGCUCUUGGACUGGCCUUCGGUAGUAAUCGAUUCCGGCCACAGUAUCAUUCUCUGGUACAUCCCCAAUGCCCUGAGUCCCUGGGUGCAGAACGACAUGUACAUGGCCACCCUCGCCAUGGGUGAUCUACUCAAGAAGAGCAUCAUCAACAAGGAAUCGGCUAAUUGGAGGACCUGGGGAUGCAUCAACAUAACACCUUGCUGGUUCCAACAAGGAUAUGAGUGCUAUGGCCCUCCUCCCAACAAUCUGGAUGAUGGGUUCAAACCAGAGGUCUCUGCCUCCUUGAAGGGCGACAGGAGCCUGUCCAUGAUCAUGGAUAUGCAGAGACCCGCCCUCCUUGCAUCUGCCGCCUUGCAUGUCAUGCACCCUAAGCUUUACUGGGCUUCCGUGAGGACUCAUAUCAAACUCAGUCGUUGGUCGGAGGAGCAAGGCUUGCAUGACAUGCAUCGUUUGCUUAAGCAUUGGGCUUCCGUCUACACCGGUGCCGCCGUCAUGUGCAACUGUCAGUCCCCCGACCACAGAGACCCGAAGUGUCUGCCCGAGGCAUUCGACAUAUUGACUUGCAUCGGGAGCUACCCACAUGCUGUCAUGCAGUUGACCAACCUCGGAAUCGAGCUGGUAUACAACCCGGGCGUCAUGGUGAGCUAUUCCGGCCACCUAGUCAGACAUGGCAUCCACAUUGACGAGGGAGAUCGGAUGGUAUGGGCUUGGUUCCUCCGGGAUAGCGUGCACAACUAUGCCAGAACCCCCUGUCCGGAUUAUGCCACAUACAAUCCGGUCGACCUCCAUGCAUACCAGUUGGCCAAGUACAACCAGGCUGAUUUUGUUGUGUAUGGAAACAGGUAG